CUGCACACGGUUAGGAUUUUGGUUUUCGCAACCAAGUAAAAACUCAAAACGUCAAAACUAACAAUAUAAUUGUAGACAUAAGUAUAAUCAUACAACAUUAUAACACCCAAUUGUUUACCAUAUUUAAUUUAUUUUAAUGACAACACCGUCAACGUUUCUACUGAUGAGUGAUGAUUUUUUGUCGAUUACGUUUCAAUAUUUGUACAGGCAUAUACCUAAACCCAUAAAAUUAUCAAUUUCGCGUCUCUUGAUAGAUUCAUACAUUGUUUUUACUCAUCUCGUUCUGAUUUCGUAGAAUUAACGUGAAAAAAAUGUUUGAAAUGUCCAUAGUCAGAUUAGUCUUGAUUGUUCUAGUAGCCGCAUCGUUGGGUGCCUUUUGGUACCUGGACACAGUGUUUUAUCACUGGGACCGAGUACUGCCACAGCCUGAAGAAAUGGUUGUUGAAACAGUGCCAGAAUCUCCAAAAAAUAUUACGAAUUUCAAUAAGCCCAAAGAGUUUGUACCAACAAACGAAUGGCAAAUAAUCGGCGAAGAUCAACCUAUUCCUCCUGGAUUACAUGUACAGAUUGAUCUUCAGACUGGUGAGAAAAAGGCUAAAAUAAUGGAAGACAAUAUAAAUAAUAAAUCAAAUAGUUUGGCCAUUACAGACUCUAAUAAACCAGAGAAUUUGAAAGAUCCAAAUAGUUCACCAGAUAAUUCACACAAAUUUAGAUCUUAUGAAGAGCUUAAAGAUGAUCUUAAAGAUUUGAAUAUGACUAUUAAAAGUGAUAUGGAUGUAAUGGAUGAACUUUCUAAAAAAUUUCAAGAACAAAUUAAAUUAUAUGAAGAUAGUGAUAAAAAUCUUCAAAAUAUUUUAACUGAUCUUGAAUAUCUCCUACAUCAAGUUGAUACAGCUGAGGUUUUUGUAAAGAAUAAAGGGAUACAAUUAAUCAUAAUGCCUUGUUUAAAUAGCAAUUCAAGUUUUUUAAAAGCACAAGGAGCACUGAUCCUUGGUUCUGCUGCUUCUAAUAAUCAAAAAGUUCAAAUUGCUUCUUUAGAAAAUGAUGUUAUACCACUUUUAUUAAAGCAUAUUGAUAAUGAAUUUACAUUUUCUGUUCAAAAAAAUUGUAUAUUUGCUUUAUCAUCAAUUACUCGAAGAUUUCCCUUAGCGCAAAAACAAUUAAUAGAUAAUAAUGGUAUUCAAACUUUCAUGUCUGUGUUUAAAAUGCCUGUAUCCGAAUUCAAUACUAAACUUAAGUUAAAAGUUACUCAACUUCUAGAAGACUUGACUGUAGAAAUCGAGGAUGCUAAACUAACAUUCAAAGAAGAAACUAAUACACAGCUCAGCACUGAGGCAGCCGAAAGAGUUCGUCAGUAUGACAAUUUGCACUUAAAAGAUAAACUUGUUGAAAAUGGGUGGUGCAACAUUUUGGGAAAUGAGUUAAUUAUAUUGUCUAAUCGAUUACCACUAGAUGAAGAAAACCAUGAAAUGGUUGUAGCUUCUGGAAAAUCUUUAUUAGCAAUGCAAAAAUUGUGUAAAGUUAAAUUACAAGGGAAUAAGGAAUUCUAUCAAUCAUUUUACACUUUGGAAGUUUAUUACAAGCAAUUAUUCCAAAAUGAUGUCUUUUUUGAUGAGUUAUAUCAGUUGACAACCGAGUUGACUAAUACUUAUGAUCCUGUAUUAGAAUAGUAUCAUGUUAUUUAGUCCAAUUUAUAAAUUUAUAAUACUGUGUGUAACUAAAUAUCUAAUGUAUUAAAUAUUUUUUUCUGUGAUAUAUUUCUAUUUAGGUUUUAAUGUUUUAAUUUAUUGAAAUUAUAUAUUUAUUUUGAGAAUAAGAUUGUUUACUUAGUGAUUGUUAGUUUUUUGAAAUAUAUAUAUAAUAUAUUAUAAAAAAAUUAAA